CCGGCACCGCCGCCACCACUGCGAUGGCCCAGCAGCAGAUGACCAGCUCGCAGAAGGCCCUGAUGCUCGAGCUGAAAUCCCUACAGGAGGAACCGGUGGAGGGCUUCCGGAUCACCCUGGUGGAUGAGUCCGACCUCUGCAACUGGGAGGUGGCCAUCUUCGGACCCCCCAACACCCUCUACGAAGGUGGCUACUUCAAGGCACAUAUUAAAUUUCCUAUUGACCACCCAUAUUCACCACCUACCUUCAGAUUCUUGACCAAAAGGUAGAAUCCUACUCAGAAUGUGAGGACUAUUCUAUUAAGUGUAAUCUCACUGCUUAAUGAGCCCAACACCUUCUCCCCAGCCAAUGUGGAUGCUUCGGUUAUGUUCAGGAAAUGGAGGGACAGUAAAGGAAAAGACAAAGAAUAUGCUGAAAUCAUUAAACAGGUUUCAGCCACUAAGGCCGAAGCUGAAAAGGAUGGAGUGAAGGUCCCCACAACUCUGGCGGAAUACUGCAUCAAAACUAAAGUGCCUUCCAAUGACAACAGCUCAGAUUUGCUUUAUGACGACUUGUAUGAUGACAUUGAUGAAGACGAGGAAGAGGAAGAUGCCGACUGUUAUGAUGAUGAUGAUUCUGGGAACGAGGAGUCGUGACGUGCUCCUUUGAUGCCCCUGAACUGCCCUGCCGUCUCAGGCCAAAGGGAGGGGAGCAAGUGGGGACCUAGCAGUGGCCCCUCAACAAAAACCUAUUCACCGGGGGUGGGGAAAAAACACAGCUUCUGCUGACUCCCCUUAUGGAUCUCAGUUUGCUCCUUUUUAUGGACCUUUCAUGGAGAGAAAGUAACCCUCCACAGAAUGUCUGAAUUCUUGCAUUC